AUGGCUGCGGUAACCCGACGGAAAAAAACCAUCGGUCAACGUCGUCGUAUCGAGGAUGACGGAGACGAAGAGGCCGGCCCUGGCCUUGACCUCGACGAUGACUCCCUCACGGACCCAUCGAGCGACGAGCACGACCCCGCCGACGAUAGUGACACCAGCAACGUCGAUGAAGUGUCGCCGAGGCUGUUGAGUGCUCGCAAGGCACUGGGUAACGGGUCAGCUAAACAUGUAUAUCGCCAUAAACCAGAUGUUGUUAGCAAGGACAGCGCUACCAAGAAGCCUGAGCCCGUCAUCGCCGGCGCGGAUGUCAUGCUGGAGGGCCUGACCUUGGGCGACAAGGAAAACAGAGCAGAGGAACUGGAGUUUGACGACAUAAAGACAGAUACUAAGCCUGCCACGGCCCCCUCUGUGAAGGAUUCGGCGCCGGUCAUAGUGAGCUCGACUUCGAUUCCAGGUCAACAGCCGCGGACUUCGCUGCAAGAUCAGAAGCGGCGGGAGCAUGAUGAAUACAGGAAGAAAAGGGAUGAGGAUCCAACCUUUGUACCCAACAGGGGCAACUUCUUCUUGCACGACCAUCGUCAUGCCGGUCCAGCUGCCAAUGGGUUCCGUCCAUACUCCCGUCAGCCAUUGCGUGGCCGGGGAGGAGGUCGUGCGGGGGCAUUUGGUAGAGAGUUCAUUCCCAUGAAUCCUUUCCAAAACCCCUCUGAUCCCACCACACGAGGACCUUGGCAGCAUGAUAUGCAUGAACAGGUUGCCGAGCACCCUCCGCCAGCGCCCUACCGGCCAUCACGCUACCGUCCAGACCCUGAAGGGCCUGCCAAUGGCAAUGGUGUGAUUCCAUACGCGCCAGCGCCAGAGAGUCCUAUCAACCGUAACAUGUCAUCAGAGAAAGUCUUGGGCACGGUAACUGUCCGGGUGUACCUCCCAAAUGUUUUCGAUGGGCCCAAGUUGUUUCCUGGUCUAGUGCUGAAGGCCUACACCAAGUUGCCCGACCACCGGCCCCCCCUUCGCCGAGACAAACCCGUCCGAAUCUCGCUGCCGUACCAUUCCGCGCCGGUUAUGCCUCGCUAUAUAUAUCCAAACCCAGAUCGAUCCUUCAUCUUCAUCCCAAGGGCGCUGCGGCCUAACCAGCAGCGGACCCGGGGCAAAGGUCCUCGAUCGAUCAUGGGAUCUGGGCCAUUUUCUCGGAGAACAAGUGUAUGGGGAGGGAGCAUAUAUGGAAGCAUGUACUCACCCAGCGUUGCGAUGAGUCGUCGUUCUUCCAUUGCGCAUGAUAUGGGACGUGAUUUCAUGCUUUCGCCCACUGGAUCUGCGAUCUCGAGACCGCCUCUGCCUGCUGAUGCCAACAAACCUGUUGUACGACUGCCACCCUUCGCUCAGGCUCAGGCCCCGGCCCCCAUCAUGCAAGCUCCAGCUCCAGCUCCAGCUCCAGCUCCAGCUCCAGCAUCUCAGCCAACACAACCGGAUGGUGCUGAGAAGGUUGGUCCGUCUGCGGAGUCGUCUAUCAACGCUCUGCCCCAGCCACAAACGCACCCUCUCCCCCAAAGGCCUGCUUUCCAAGAAAACAAGCCCAAUUCGAUCCCAAUGCAUCAGCCCCGUCCCCAGAAGGCAGUUUCUAUCGACAACAUCGAGUCUCCUGUUCGACAGAACGCCAAUGCGCCUGCCCCGUAUCAGCAAGCUUUCCUUCACCAGGUCCCGCCCCAGAUACCUAAUGGCUUUCCCCCCGACGUCCACGCCCGCCACCCUUCCUACCAGUCUCAGCUCUCGGCUACACCAUUGUCACAAAUUCCGGAGCGUGCGAUUCAUGCUGCUCCGUUCCAGCCAAACACGUUUGGCCAGCCCGGCUACUACGCUCAGCCAUAUCCUGCGAUGCAGCCACAACAGGGUUACUACUACCCACAAGGCUAUCCGCCCGCCAAUAUGGCGCCCAAUGCCAACGCACCUAGUUUUGUGCCAGCAGGCCCGCCAGCUCCGCCCCCCAUGAACUACGCUGCAUCUGCUCAGGGUGAUGUUCCCAGUGCUCAGGCUCCUGGACAAGCACCGACCCCCAACCUGGUGACGCAGGAAGUCAAUGGCACUGUUUAUUACUUCAAUGCCAACGACAUUCCUUCUGUCCCCGGAUAUGCACCAUUUCCUCCCGCUCAGCCGUUUGCUCCUGGCAUGGUUCCUGGGCCUGACGCAUAUUAUUACCAGCAGCCUACCCCCGGAAUGGUCUACUAUCCUCAGUAG